AUGGUUGGGGAUCAGCCAAUGAAGGCUGGUGACAGUGCCAUCGAUAAUAUUAAAGCUAUCCAAUGCAUCAAUUCAUUCGCUACGAAAGCUGAGGCUUUCAAAGAAGAGUUAGUGCACAAAACCAUGAAAAUUGCUGGCUUUUUCUUUACUCUAAACAACGCUGAGGCCAAAAUCAAGGUUUUGCUUGAUCAGGCCAAGGUAGCCAGACGAGCCCAGGACCAAGCUACGGAAAAAGCUGAGGCAACCGAGGCUGUAGGCAAAGUGUUAAGAUUUGAGAUCAAGGAUGCCGAGGAGAAAACUAUCAAGGUCAAGACAGAGCUCCAAGAAGUGCUGGUCGCGAAGGAAGCCGAGAUCAAGGCGACCGACGAGAAGGCCUUCUCAAAGGGACAAGUUGCAGUCUGUGACACGUACAAAGGCCAUGACGAAGUUGUAUCCAUCUUCCCUGAUCCUAUACUUCAACUUCAUACAACAAGAUCUUGGGACUUCUUGGAAUCAGAAUCUGGCAUUCCAUCAUCACACAAAUAUCAACACAUAACAAGCGAUGUCAUAAUCGGAGUGAUAGACACAGGGAUAUGGCCUGAGUCUCCAAGUUUCAAUGAUGAUGGCAUUGGAGAAAUCCCUUCAAGAUGGAAGGGACUUUGCAUGGAAAGACCUGACUUUAACAAGUCUAGCUGUAAUAGGAAGAUAAUAGCAGCCAGAUACUACAACAUCCAAGAUUUCUCAAUCCAACCAAACUCUGAUCUUAAAAGGACUCGUCACAUCACUGGCUCACCGAGAGAUUUUAAUGGCCAUGGAACUCAUACAACAUCUAUUGCAGCUGGUAUAACAGUACCAAAUGCUAAUUACUAUGGCCUAGCAAAGGGUAUAGCAAGAGGUGGCUCACCUUCCGCUAGGAUUGCUAGUUACAAGGCUUGCUCAAAGGAUGGUUGUUCUGGUUCAGUCAUACUCAAAGCCAUUGAUGAUGCAAUUAAAGAUGGAGUUGAUAUAAUCUCAAUUUCCAUUGGAAUGAAUUAUCAAUCAGACCUUUUGCAUGAUACUAUAGCCAUUGGAGCCUUUCAUGCUGAACAAAUGGGAGUUACGGUAGUUUGUUCUGGAGGGAACGAUGGACCUUCUCCUUUUACUGUCGUCAAUUCUGCCCCGUGGAUGUUUAGUGUUGCAGCUUCUACUAUUGAUCGCGAUUUCAAGUCGACCAUAGUUCUUGGAAAUGGGAAAGUGGUUGAAGGUGACAAAGCCGAAGGACUAAUUUUGAUCGAUGAAGCUGAGAAAGAUUUACCAUUCAAUUCAGGAAUCUUCCCAUUUUCUGAAGUUGGGAAUAUUGUAGGGUCUCAAAUUCUGAAUUACAUUAACUCUACCAAGAACCCAACUGCAACCACACUUCCAACAACUGAAAUUCGAAAGUGCACACCAGCUCCUGUUGUUGCUUAUUUCUCAUCAAGGGGUCCCGGAUGGCUUACACAAAACAUUCUCAAGCCAGAUAUAAUGGCUCCGGGUGUUGCAAUUUUGGCGGCAACGAUGCCAAACAAGGAAGAUGGAAGUGUUCCAAUAGGAAAGGCACCAUCAUUGUUUGAUUUAAGAUCUGGAACAUGGAUGGCUUGCCCACAUGUCAGCGGGGCUGCUGCAUUUAUUAAAUCGGUGCAUCAUAGAUGGAGUUCCUCCAUGAUCAAAUCGGCACUUAUGACAACAGUGAUUUUGGUUGAGAUUCUUGUUUCGUGUUGGGUGGUCUUUCUAAAUUCUCCGUGGCAGCCUAUCAAAAUCGAAGCAGCUUUUUGGUUGAAAGCAUCUAUUAAGAACUUCCCAUUCUCAAUUGAUGAUUUAGCUUUCAAAUGGAAUCAAAUCAGGCUUUGUUCCUGA